GUCUGCCUCUAUCUGUCUCGUCAUCACCUCCCCUUCCUGACAGCUUCUUAACGAACCAAACUGCUGGAUGAGACUGGGAUGUGCAGACUGAAAGUAAUCACUCUGUUAAGCAUGUUUAUACGCGUCCUAUAACGUGUUUGCAAUGAGGACGUGUUUGGUUCUGGCUUCUCUUCUUCUUGUUCCAGCUUGCAAUACCCAAGGUAUCUUCAGAGACUUUGAUGUGAUCCACGAGCCGAGCGGCUGGUAUGAUGCAGCAUGUACCAAGGACAGCGACUGUGGUCAGGAGAACUCCGAGUGUGCUCUGGGCAGGUGUCGCUGUCGUCCGGGUAUUUACCUCUUUACAAGUGACAUCACCUGCUCAUCUUCCUGCAGUCCACAAGGGCUCCACAAGACCUUCACAAAAUAUCCUGACAGCCACAUAAGGGGAGAUAAAAAUCAAGCUCUUCGACUCAACUUAAGAAAGUGCAGGAACCUGUGUAUUUCCACCGCAACUUGCCGUACCUUUGACUUCAGAGGUGCUUUCCGCUGUCUGAUUCACACCGUUACCUCCCUUGAGGCCGCCUCCAGGUGGUCUCCUACCAGUAGAGGCUGGACUCACUACCAGAGGAACUGUCGAAAACCCAGCUUUGGAACAUGUGGUGAGGCGCAGAAAUCAGGAGCCAAGUCCGGGGCCUACUCCCUUAUACUGACUGAGAACAACCUCACCCGCAAUCAAAGCAUCUGGUGUGACAUGAAGUCUGGUGGCGGCGGUUGGCUGGUUUUUCAGAGACGCCGUGACGGUUCAGUGGACUUCUUCCGGAACUGGGAGGAAUACGAACAGGGCUUUGGUGACGUCAGUAACGAGUUCUGGCUAGGCUUGUCAACAAUCCACAGACUGACCAGCGGGAAACCCACCCGACUGCGUGUAGACAUCAGAGAUCUGAAUGGACGUAGUCACUUCGCUGAGUACUCGACAUUCAGGGUGGACGGUCCCGAGACGAACUACAGACUGACCGUGUCCGGCUUCUCGGGUAACGCGGGUGACAGCAUGUGGUAUCACCACGGCCAGAGAUUUACAACCUUUGACCGUGACAAUGACAAGUCAGGUGACAACUGUGCCCAGAUGUACAGCGGCGGCUGUGGUACAACAACUGCCUCCGCUCCAACCUCAACGGCAUCUACAAGUCCACCGGCAUCGUGGCAGCGACGGCGUGGUGUGGUCGUCAGCCUAUGGUGACCAGAGGAGCUUCACCUUCACCGAGAUGAAACUCAAACCAUCGUAACCUCCCUCUGACUGCUGAUACUGCACUACUUACCUCUGGCAACACAGUGUCGACAACUAUACUCUCAUGACCAUAUUGCAGUCAAAUAAUGAGUUAAAUGUACUGUUCCUCUUACAUUUUGUUUUGCUUGAAUAAAGGUCUUCAAAACGUAAAAAAAGUAAUAGAUUGAUUAAUGUUAAAUAUUAAUUGUUGGUACGUCGCAGAAAUAAACAAAAACCUAGUCUGAUACAAAGUCUCAUACCUUGUCUAAUCUGUAAUCUUAUACCUAGUGUAAUACCUAGUCUUAUACGUAACCUAAUACUUAGUCUAUUAUUUAAUCUUUUAUCGUUUUAAAGAUUUUUUCAACUUCCGGACGUAGCCGACCUUGACAUUGCUCAAACAUCUGAAAAAAGAAAAGUUUUUUUUUCUCCGUGCGCCGUCCGGUGACUUCUCUUGUAUCCUCGUGUGUGCUCA